AUGGGAGUACCUGUCGUCCCUUCUUGUCAUCCACAGACUGGAUUGGGUAGUUCAGAAACUGAACAGGAACUACAACAGCAGCUGGAGGAGAGUAAGGAGAAGUUUUAUGAACUCCAAGGACGUUUCCUUGUGUCUGAAGCUACUGUCUAUGCCAUGGCUAACGAGCUUCAAAAACACAAUUGUCGGAAGUUCAAAGACAUCGUUGAGUCUGUUCUGGGUGAGAAGCUGCUGUACAGGGAAACAAGGCUGACACAGAAGCUCAGGCUGGCCCAGAAUUUGAGGGAAUGCAGUUUCCAAUUUCAAGAGCAAGACCAGAAGCUGGCCCUGUUUCAGCAGAAAUUACAACAGGGGAGAGAUGCCGCGUUUCUACUGUGUCAGCAUCUCAAGGACCUCUUCACCUGGGAUCACCUUCAUAGCAGCCAGGGUCACGGCUUCCGUGAGCUACUGAUUGAAGCUGAAGGCUGGCAGAGGACCUUGUAUAAAUGCUUAGCUCAGAUAUUUGAGAACCAUAAAGAUGAAGAGAAGAAAAAAGAAUAUGAAUCACUGUACCCCAGGAUGAGCCGUGAGGGAGCAAACAAGGAAAAAGUCCAACAAGUCCUGCAGCACUCAUUGCUUGGACAACCCAAAUCUGCCUCUCAGAACUGCGAUCUGUGCACCCAGCAGCCUCCUUGGACCACUGGCUACCUGAAAGGUGAUCAUGAGUUCUCCUAUUUCCUGGAAGAAGCUUAUACUCAGGAUGUUGAGAACCAAGAGAAAGAGGAAGCGCCAGGUGUGCACAGGAACGUCCCAGAAAAGGAGGAUAAGGAUAAUGUGCCACAGGACAAAUUGGAUGAGAACUUGUUGGCUUUUUCCCAUUGCCUGGACUUGUGUGAUUCCCAGCAGUCUGAUAAGAGCCCAGAAUCCCUGACUGAGAAGCAUGUAGCUCCCUCCAAUUUGAAUGUGGCGACUGUUGAAAUUCACCCUUACGCUUUGAUUGACAACCACGUGGGCAGCUGUGGGUUCUAA